AUGUACCAGCUCCCCCCUCCGCCUCGCCAGCCUGCGUCGGCGCCCGCCCAGCACAUGGGCCUGCCGCCGCCGCCGCCGCGGCCCUCGACGGGCAUGAACAUUCCCCCUCCUCCCCACAGUGGCUACGGCGGCGGCGGCGGCUGGGGCGCUCCUCCACAGCAGCGUCCGCAGCAGCAGCAGCAGUACCCGCAGCCCGGCUACAACCCGAGCCUGUACCAGGGCUACCAGCAGCACCUGCCCCCGCCCCCCGGCCCGCCGCCGCUCCAGCAGCAGGUCGAGGCGCCGCUCACCUCGGCCACAUACAUACCGGACGGCGAGUCGUUUGGGCCCGGCGUGGGCAUCCCGGCCCUGCAGUCGCACUCGGCGCGCCAGUACUCGGAGCCGACCUUCUACCGCGAGGACGGCUUCCCUCCCAAUGCUGACAUGUCAGGCACGAGCUUCCUCAAUCUCCACGACAGCGUCCAGAGCAUCCAGUAUGGCUCCAGCAUGCCCCUCGGCUUUCCGCCCCCUCAGAACCACCGCAGCCACCCUGCCUACGACCAGUCCGCCACCAUGCAGAGCCACAGCGGCGCCUAUCACCGCCCAGACGGCCCCGUGUCGCCGCCCAUGGCCGAGCCGCAGUGGCCCGCCGAGACUGUGCAGCGCUGGCUGGCCGACCAUGGCUUUUCAAAGGACUGGCAGGAGACGUUCAGGACACUGGGUCUGGAAGGUUCGAGGUUCCUCGACAUUGGGCGGGGACACGGCUCCAAGGGCAACGUCGCCAUGAUGCACCAGGUCAUCUUCCCGCAGCUCGCCAAGCAAACGACAGCAAGCGGCACGGGCUGGGACCAGAACAGGGAAAGAGACGAGGGCCGCAAGCUGCGCAGACUCGUGCGUCAGAUUGUUGAAACCGGAAGCUCCGCGCCCGUGCGGGCUCCUCAGCGCACUGAAACAGGCACGACGGUGCCGAGUGCGGGCACCGACGGUGGUGUCGAGCAUUCGCCUUUCAUGCCACCCACCUUUCCGGGCUUUGGCUCGACACCCACCACAGCUGGAAACGGCGAGGAAAGCCCGGGCAGAUACAUGCUUCUGCACUCGCCAUCAGCUGCUGGCCCCCCGCGACGAAUCUCGACGCAGCAAAGGAACUUUACGGUGCCGACCAUUGGGCCACCACCGGAUUACUCCGACGGCCGGAGCGCUUUCUCCAAGGAAGUGCUUCGCGACCUAGAACCGAACACGAAACGACACAGCCCAAACGUCUCUGGUGACUUUGGGCCUUCAGCGUUUGAGUCACACCGCCAGGCGAGCCCACAGCACAGCCCGGCGCUGUCGUCUGCGCGACUCGCAUCAAACGGAGGCCAGCUCAGUGCAGGAAUUGCCGCCAACGGGCAACGUUACUAUCAACACCAACAUGCUCGUGGCAACAGCUCAGAGUCGAAUCUGUCCACAUUCGCAAACACCGGGUCAGGGCCGCCAACAGGACGCUCCUUGGUUGAAAACCGAUCCGACAGCCGCAAUGAGAACAAGAGGAAUGCACAUGAAGGCCCUCGUCCGGGGACUGGAUUCUCGCGAUACGACAAUGCGGAACCACUGAGUGCCAAGGAUCACCACAAGGGGUUCUUUGGGAAGAUCAUGGGCAGGGACAGGAAGAAGCAAGAUAGCCACCCAUCUCCAGAUGACAUCAGCCUAGACUCUCCGACAAGUCCAGCAAGCCACAGACACCACACAAGUGGUUCGUUCUUUGGCAAGUCCGGUAUGAACUCCAGCGACACUUCGCUGAAUGAGCGUCCUCCGUCACGACGAUCUGCGCAGACAGAUGCAGAGAGCCGUCUGUCUGGCCGAACGCGCAAUUCAAUGCGGGAUGAGCGCAGAUAUGCUUUUGUCACACCAGAUGGCUGGAACUACCGUUUGAUCGACAUCACCAAUGCAGACAGCCCUACAGUUAUACGCCGCAUGUGUUGCGAAGAGCUGAGCUCUGGUCUCAGUCAAAUGCCCGGAGUCGAGCUGUUCAUGACGACACCAGGACAGUACGAACACGAAGACGCUCUCACCGACAGCAACCUCAUGAAGGCUCGCUCACAGUUUGGUAACAAAUUCGGUGAGCUGAAAAUCUUUGUCCGGAUACCGCAAGAGGGUACAAGCGCAGCUUCCGCAGGUCUCGGUGUCUCGGUCUCGCAAUCGAAUGGUCUGGACGCCAGCUCUCAGGCUGGGUCCCCUGGUGGCCUGAAGUCGGGAGAAUCGACUCUUGUACCUGCUCAGGCUGCAGCACUGCGCAAGUUGACCGAGAAGGAAGAUCCAGACUCGGAUCCCAGCGCAAGCCGACUGAACGUUGGCGGAAGGCCGACUGAGCCGUCAUGGGCAGCCGGCGAUGAUGCUUCUGAGCAAGAGCGCCGCAGAAUGCUCGAACUGGCUGCCGAAGAGCAUCGCAAGGAGACCAAGCGCAAGCAGGAAGAGUACCUCAAGGGCCGCAUGGCACGAUUGAAGGGCAACAGUCCCGAUCCCAUGUCUUCGUCUGGCGACAGUCUUGGAUUUAGAAGUGCUGGCGUUAUUGACUUUGACGAGCCGCGCAACUCUCCCUAUGAAGAGAUUAAGAAACCUUUCGAGGCUCCAAAAGCCACAAAGGAAAUCGUGCCAAAGCGAGCGCCACCGCCCGUACCAGCUGACACAACAACACUUCUCAAGGCUAACUCGCUAUCAAGAAGCAAAACUCGUCCGCCAUCGUGGCCAGAGGGUGACGAUGUAUCGUCCAAGCGAAAGUCAGGUGACUCUGAAUCUGCCAAACGCAAGGCAAUUCCGCAAGGUCCAAGUGGUCUUUCAAACAUCGCAGCUGCCAUCAUUGGAGCAGGUAUUGCUGGUGGAUCUGUUGGAGCAGCCAACAAAGCACUUCCUAAGCCCCCACCAAAGGGGGAGAUGCACGACUCUUCACCUGAGAGCAUCCGUCCUUCUCAGCAAGUCCUGAGGGACCGCGGAUUUGGAGGCGUGGCUGGAUCUGGCAGGAGCAGUCCAGGUGGGUCUCCCCGCAGCCCCGGUGAUUUCACCAUGAGCAAAGGCAACAUUCCGUUCAAGAUUCCUGACUAUGUCGAAGCAUUACAAGACGAAGUGGCUUUUGAUAAGCCUAGUCUCACGCUGGCAAUGCCUACACCACCUCGCCCGGCCGAGGACAAGGAGCAGCGGCCAUGCUCGCCGGACUUUAGCCCCACAUUUGCUCGCGCGCCUAACAAUGCGCUCACGCGAGAGUCAUCUAGAGUGUCCAUCUAUGGACCAACACACGACUUCGAGGAAGCGCGUGUGUCCUUCCACAACACCACAUCGAACCUUGAUUCCGCCAAUUCUGACGACGAUGAUUCCGACGAUGGUCUGUUUGCUGCACCACUGGCUGGUCGUAGCCCUCCAGCACCAGCAAGGACUGUGUCAAUUGCCAGGAACACCAGCGGCCAUCGCGCACAACGCCCCAAUCUGAAGCUCAAGACAUCACGUUCGAAGAACUCGCUCGCUCAGGUGGCGGAACAGCAGGAACAAGCCCCAGCGGAUGACCGACAAUCGCUCAGCAGCGAAAAGAUUCCUGAAUCGGCUACAUCGGCAGCGUACACCGACUCUCCACGCGACGAGCCCGACUUCAACCGUCGCGAUUCAUUCGCCAGCAAUGUGUGGGCCAACCGUCCACCUGCCGAAGCCCUCGUGGACCACCUUGACGAGCUCUUCCCGAACGUCAACCUCGAUCAGCCGAUGCUCGAAGAAGAUGAGACGGACUCAUCGGACCCACCUACCGAUUCUUCAAAUGCGUCAAAUGCCAGCACUGGAACCUUGACACCAAUGUCCUCGCUCGAUACGCCUGCUGCGCCUGCGAAUCAAACCUUGAGUCGAGGGCAGACUGGCCUGCAGUCUAUCGCCCAACGGAACAUGCGGAAGUCUGGUGUCGGUCUUGGGCGCACGAAGUCUAUUCGUGAGGUCGUCAAGUCACAGUACAACCCUCAUAGAGGGCCAAUGCCAGGCCAGCCUGUACCUACAGGUCCCUCUCGAGUCGCAACACUCCGCAAUGGGGGCGACAUUGUAAGAAGGAAGUCGACUAAGAUGUUCCACGCAAGGAUCGAGCAAGUGAAGCCGUCAAGAGGAUCCCGACUUAUACAGCUGGAGACAAUCCCACAGGACACACUUCCCCAGAUGCAACGGCAGCCAACAUUCAAAUGGAUGAAGGGUCAACUGAUUGGCAAGGGAACAUUUGGUCGUGUAUACCUCGGUAUGAACAUCACCACCGGUGAGCUUAUCGCAGUCAAGCAAGUCGAAGUCAACGCGAAAGCAGCCGGAUCAGACAAGGACAAGAUCAAGGAGCUAGUCAAGAGUCUCGAUCAGGAAAUCGACACAAUGCAGCAUCUCGACCACCCUAACAUUGUCCAGUAUCUCGGAUGCGAGCGCAAGGAGUACAGCAUCUCCAUCUUCCUCGAAUACAUUUCCGGUGGCUCGGUUGGCUCCUGCAUCCGCAAGCACGGUAAAUUCGAAGAAUCCGUCGUCAGCUCACUCACCCGACAAACCUUGCUCGGCCUCUCCUACCUGCACCGCGAAGGCAUUCUGCACCGCGACCUCAAAGCCGACAACAUUCUGCUCGACCUCGACGGCACGUGCAAAAUCUCCGACUUCGGCAUCUCCAAGAAGAGCGACAACAUCUACGGCAACGACGUCACAAACUCCAUGCAGGGCUCCGUCUUCUGGAUGGCGCCCGAAGUCAUCCGGUCCCAGGGGCAGGGGUACAGCGCCAAAGUCGACAUCUGGUCUCUCGGUUGCGUCGUGCUGGAGAUGUUCGCCGGCAAGCGCCCGUGGAGCCGCGAGGAGGCCAUUGGCGCCAUCUACAAACUGGGGUCUUUGAACCAGGCACCGCCCAUUCCUGAUGAUGUCAGCAAGAACAUCAGCAUCGAGGGCUUGUCCUUCAUGUACGAUUGCUUUACGAUUGAUCCGACGGAACGGCCGACUGCAGAGACGCUCUUGAGGGCGCCAUUCUGCUUCAGCGAUCCGAAUUACAAUUUCUUAGACACAGCGCUGUAUGCCAAGAUUCGGGGCGCUUUCCAGUAG